UCUCUCUCUCGCUCUCUCUCACGCUCUCUCUUUCUCUCCUCCUCCCUACCUCCCUCUCUCUCUAUUUCUUAUUCUCUUAUCUUGGCUUCGAGUUGUGCAUGCACCUCACUCCUUGAUUUUGUAACACCAUAGCAGUCAAGCCAGCACUCUUCACGAUGGACUUCCCAAUAGAGGAGGCCGAAGCCUACUUCGACCACGACAACUUCAGCCAUACCAACUACAGCUACGAAGACUACCCCACGCUCUGCGAGAAGGCCGACGUGCGCUCCUUCGCCGCCGUCUUCCUCCCUGUCGUCUACACCGUCUGCCUGGUAGUGGGCGUGGCGGGCAACGCGGCGGUGGUGGCCGUCUACGCCUGCCGCAAGCACCUGAAGACCAUGACCGACGCCUUCCUCACGCACCUCGCCGUCGCCGACCUCCUUCUGCUCCUCAUGCUGCCCUUCUGGGCGGCCGACGCGGCCCGCGGCUGGGAGCUGGGCGAGGCCCUGUGCAAGGCCGUGUCCGCCUGCUACACCGUCAACUUCACCUGCUGCAUGCUGCUGCUGGCCUGCAUCAGCCUGGACCGCUACCUGGCCUCGGUCAGGGCGCGGGGCGACGCCCGGGCUCUCACGCGCCUUGAGCGGGUGUUCAGCCGCAAGCACUGCGGGAAGGUGUGUCUGGUCGCCUGGGUGACGGCGUUGGCCCUGGGCGUGCCGGAUCUGGCGUUCUCCACGGUGAGGCCGCUCGGCGACCGGAACGUUUGUCUAGCGGUCUUGCCGCCGUACCUAGGCAGGGAGGUCAAGGGAUGCCUGGAGAUGGCGGAGGUGCUGCUGGGGUUCGUGCUGCCGCUCUGCGUCAUGGCGUUUUCCUACUGGAAGGUGGCGCUGGUGCUGCGGGGACUUCCUGUCGAGAGUCGGGACAGGAAGUGGAAGGCGCUGCGUGUGCUGUUGACCGUGGUGGGCGUGUUUGUGUUCACACAGCUGCCGUACAAUGUGGUGAAGAUCUACAGGACGGUGGACUCCAUGUAUCACGUGGUGACCCACUGUGGGACCAGCAAGGCUCUGGACCAGGCGGCUCAGAUCACGGAGAGCCUGGCCCUGACCCACUGCUGCCUCAACCCCAUCCUCUACGCCUUCGUGGGCACCUCCUUCAGGCAGCACAUGAUGAAGAUGGGGAAAAGACUCGGAGAGAGAAGGAGGAGGAGACAGCAAACAACUGAGGAUCAAGGGAUGGACAUGUCCUUUCAUUCUCACAGCGCAUCACAAGAGACAAACACGUUCUCUGUAUGAAGUGCUGGCACGAGGCUUUUACAUGAGUGUACUAUUUUUUGUUUUGUGCUUUGUAUUCAACAACAAUCCCCUACUGGGAAAAGAUUGGAUCUAGUCAGUUACAAACCAAAGCGCUUCUGUCUGAAGCAUCUGUCAAUCUGGAGUUGUAAUGCCAAAAUACUUGACAAUUCCAGCCAUUUGUUUUAGCAAGUUAUUAACAACUUAUGGUUGUGUAAACACCAGUGCUGUUAGGUUUUCCUGUUCAUGGAAUCACAACAGGGAGGGCUGCAAUACUGGAGAGGUUUCAAACGAAAUGUAAAAAAAAGCAAACACAUUUUGUCAACAUGCGGUCGCCUGGAUGUGGUUUAACCCUGACAUCAAUUUGCAAAUAACACGAUAGAUUUAGCAAGAAGCAUUUGUGUAUCACUUUAGAAAAUCUCUGCAGGAAGUUUUACCUUUAUUUGUUUUGCUUUGUAUUAUAAAUAUAUAUCUGCAAGAAGGUCUUCAUUACAAAAGCCAGUAAUCGCUAUGUCGUGCAAGAGCUGAAGGAGCAGGCUAAUAUUGGCAGUAAGGACCCUUAAUAGGCAACAAUCAUACCAGCUGCCCUUGUCAUUUGCCUUUCCAAGUAAUUUAUAGGUUUAUACACUUAAUACUGUCAAUAUUAACUCAUUAUUAGCAACCUUGCUACUUGUAAUUCUUAACCCUUUCAAAUGAAUACAUUUCAUGCGGCCUAGUCAUCUCCAUCCAAGUCAAUACUGGUUAAGUAAGUGACUCACUCUGCAAUACCGCUCUGACUUGACCUUUUUAUCACAAUGAAAGGAGGAGAUUACAUUCUGAAACGGUCUACUGAACUUAGCUUGGAUUCUACCACAGGAAUCCCUGUCCCCUGGCCAAUAAUUCAAACUAUCCCCAUCUGCUUUGUGGUGAAGCACUUAAUCAUGUAGCCUAACCAAUUAGAGAAUGGAGAAGUCUGCACUGGAUUCAACCUCAGACUUUUGUUUGACAGGGAUUUUACUCUGUUUCUCUCAUUAGUUUGAGUUUCGUGGCAGUUUUAAACCAGAUUUUCCUGAAACCCGAUCCUGUAAAUUGCGUUGACACUAUUGUAAGUUGAAAAGGAAUACACAUUCAUGUGACGGUGAAAAAUACUAAAAGUCCAACAGAAAACAUGUUUAAUUGUAGGUUGGAUCCAAGGGGGCAUUUUUUAAGUCUCUUGCUCUGUGUAAACAGGUCAUGUUCUAGCAUGUGUCCUCACAAAAGGAAACAUUUGAAAUCGUAUUUCAUUUGUCCAACUUCUGUAGCUCAGCCAUUUUAGCUCACUGUACAUUGGCAUAGAAUGACCCCAGGGUACAAUUUACAUAUUGAAAAAACAAAAACCAUGAACUGAACAUAGCAACGAGAUGACACAGAAAACCCUAAUCAUAUCAACCAAGGCACUUGCAUCUGGCCUAUGACAACAGACGCAAAAUUAAUAGAGACUAGGCAUAUUAUUUAUUUUAAAUUAGGCAGUCAUUUAGGCUUUGACGAACUACAACCAAAAUCAGUUUAGUCUUAAAUUAAUACGAACAAAUAUUGAACAUAUUCAAUACAAACUAUGAAUAGUUAAUACAAAAACUUGGAAGCCCUCAUUGGCAAGUUGCAUUACAAAGCAAAGCAGUAUAAUUAGAUCUGGCAUUCCAACAUUAUAUCAAGGAUAGAAACACAACCGAAACAUUGAUAAAUACAACAAAAUAACCUAUCCGAUCAGAACUAGUUCUGACGGAUAGAUUUGUCUAAAAGAAUGUCAUCAACGAUACCCUGUACUUUAGACCAUAACCCUGUAUAACAUAUUGUUAAAUAAAUACCAUUCAUUUCAAUACUGAA